AUGGAGCUAAUCUCUGGAUAUUCUGCAUUGUCGGUAAAAAUGGCGGAUCAGACCCUUAUGGCUUCCAUUUUGGCUCUUCUUUUUGGGUUUGUGGUGUUGUAUCGUUUGGUUUUCAAGAAAAACGGAGAGACAAAAUCAGAAUCAGAAUCCUCAGCCGUCACCACCACCACCGUCAUUUCCAGAUCUAAGAACGGUGCCGACGUCGAUGCUGACGUCAUAAUUGUCGGUGCAGGCGUCGCCGGCUCUGCCCUUGCUCACACCCUUGGAAAGGAUGGACGCAGGGUGCAUGUGAUUGAAAGGGACUUGAAAGAGCCCGACAGAAUUGUUGGAGAACUUCUACAACCAGGUGGCUACCUCAAACUAAUUGAGUUAGGACUUGAAGAUUGCGUGGAGGAAAUUGAUGCUCAAAAGGUGUUUGGUUAUGCUCUGUUCAAGGAUGGAAAAGCCACUCGACUUUCUUAUCCUUUGGAGAAAUUUCACUCUGAUGUAUCUGGAAGGAGCUUUCACAAUGGACGCUUCAUACAGAGGAUGCGCGAAAAAGCUGCAUCUCUCCCCAUUGUUCAAUUGGAGCAAGGGACUGUCACGUCUCUUCUUGAAGAAAGUGGGACCAUUAGAGGUGUCCAAUACAAAAAUAAAUCUGGUGAGGAGUUGAAAGCGUAUGCACCUCUAACUGUCGUAUGUGAUGGCUGCUUUUCUAACCUGCGACGCUCUCUUUGCACUCCGAAGGUGAGGGUUACUAAACUUUUCAUUUUUCUAUUAGUUUGA